AGCAUGAAGUUUCUACUACUCAUGAUGUUUGCAGUCAUAGGCUACGCAGCCGGCCAGAGUGAACAGUACACUGACAGAUAUGACUCCUUAAAGAUAGACGAGGUGCUGGCCAACAAGAGGUUGACAAUAGCAUACAUUAAAUGCAUGCUGGAGAAAGGAAAAUGUACCGCCGAAGGCAGAGAACUCAAAUCUCACAUCACGGAAGCGCUGAGGAAUGGAUGCAUCAAAUGUACUCCAAAGCAAUUGUCUGGCGUCAGAAAGGUGAUAAAACACCUUAUCAACAAAGAAAAUGCUUACUGGGUACAAUUAGCAGAUAAGUACGACCCAAAGAAAAUCUACAGGCAGAAAUAUGAAGCGGAACUUAAAUCUUUAUAGAAAUAAAUAAGAAGUGAAUACGUUUUCAAAUGGCUAAACAAAAUAAAAAUGUUAACUAGGCAAAUGAGCGUAGCCAAGGUAAGUCGCCAGUAUAUUGU